AUGGCUCCUCCCUUUACUAGCAUUAUCGUGCUGGCUGUUUGCAUUACAUUCUCGCCGCUAGCUAGCGCGGACCUUACUCGGUCUGCGGAAGUCAUGGCACCAGCUGCUACUUUUCAGGCCAAUGACAGCUGCAUGAAGAUCGCCAUCAUGCAUCCAGAUAUGGGCGGCCUCAACCAACUCUACGCGUGGAACCCGCAAAUCCAUCGUGGAUCUUGUGAGAAUCUGGGUGUCAAUGAGAUAGUCUGCAUUAAAAUGCAGCCUGCACCUCAAUGCCCGCCGACACCGACGAUGCAGGGUAUGCAGCAGUCAUCUACGUCUUCUGGUGGAUAUCCAGAAGCAUGGAAUAGGUAG